AUGUCUCGAUCCUUCCUAGUGGAUUCUCUUAUCAGUGAUAAACCAACUCCAGUGAAGAGUAAUGUGUACAAUUAUAAUCAGUUCACUCAACUGCCUGUGACUCCACCGGCCACGUUGCCUUACUCGGCUUGUUAUAUGGGAAGCUAUCUAUUCUCACUUGGAUUACAACAACAACAACAGCAGCAGUCUCAUCCUUUACAUCUCCCGCUCCAUUAUCAAUCACCACAAGUGCCAGGAUUAAGUUUGAACCUAUCGCCGCAACUGUACCAACCAACGGAUGUGCCUCCGCUUAAACUCUCACCCAAAGAGGACUAUUACCGCAAACUGUACCGCUGCGAGAAAACCCCGGAACGCUUCUCACCAUACUCAUCACCACCGAGUAGCAAACGUCCUGCCGCUUCGAUUAGCAAAUCCUCGACCCCAUCGCCAACGCCACUGGAUGCGGCAACCUACGCCAUCGACGACGAACUCUCCAGUAAACGGAUUCGAACCGCCUUCACCAGCACCCAAUUGCUGGAGCUGGAGCGGGAGUUCGCUUCCAACAUGUACCUCACCCGGCUGCGACGGAUCGAAAUUGCCACCCGAUUGCGUCUGUCCGAGAAACAGGUGAAGAUUUGGUUCCAGAAUCGUCGUGUCAAGCGCAAGAAGGGAGACGCUCCCAUCUGUACCGCCAGUCCCAGUUCGUCACCGUGUCAUGCCCAGAGCCAGAGUCAGAAAUGUUGCUGCAAAGCCGCCGGAUGUGGGGCUAGCUCAGAUGGUGAGGAAAGCCUUGGGCAGGCUCCGGAACCAAAGCCGAAGAUCGAAGGAGUAGAGUUGCUUCAGCAGCAUCCCUGGGAUUUCAGUAAAGGUUUUCAUUGA